AAUAAAAGCUGCAAAAGUCAAAGCCACAAAUGUGGAGGGAUGAGUGCAGUAGUAUCAAAAUUAGCAAUUAUUUGUAUAUGCGUGUAGUCUUCAUAGAAAUACAUGGCUGUCAGUAGUUAGAAGCCAAAUGUCUGGCUUAUCUUUCCGUUAUCUGGCUUAUCUCUCCAUCUCUCCACAUACACCUGGGAUUGCAUGGUGAGGAUUUCCAAAUGAGAGGUUACAAAUAUGAAGCAGGACAGUACAAAUAAAGGAAAAACACUUUUAUCCAAGAAUCUAAAUCCUACUUGCAUUUACUGUGAUCGGCGCAUUUCCAAAUAUUAGCCAGAUCCUACAAAUGUUAACUGGUCAGUUUGUGUUGAAGCAACAGACUGAGGUAGUUUUCAGCAAGUCCCUUGACCAGGAUGGGAAUUGUGUGGCUCACCAAAUGUUUAACUGCCAUCUCCCAGCAGUCCAAGCCAGCAUAGCCAAUGAUGACAGACGCUGAGUUGGCCUAAAUAUCAUUGCUUUUCCUAACUAGAGUAGCCUUCUUGAGUAAAUUGUUGAUGGAUGAGUCAACACUUACGUAAUCCCCAUUGCUUCAAUUGACAUACUCUGAUUAAGACUACCAUCACGGUAAGACUAGAUAUAUGUAUCUACAAUUCAACAAUUGAAUCUCUUUAGACAGAUCUCUGAAGCAAAAUAGACUGAAUUAUCUAGAAGCCUUUGCUUUUACUUCCAAGCAACAUGAAUUGGUUACAAAUAAAUGAAGAAAUGAGCUUCAAAAAACUAAUAAAUGGUUCAGAGUGUCCAGAAAAACUCAAAUAUGACUUUAACAAAAAUGGUGAACUUAGGCACGAAGAUACCAAUGAACCUUUUAUUUUCAAUUAUCACCAUUCUUAUACUAAUAAUCACAAACGCUAUCAAAUUCUUGGACACUUAAUUACUCAGUAUGUAUAUGAACUUUUGGAAAAGGCUUGUAAACUGCAAAAAAAGUAUAUCCCAAUAGAUGCUCCAGACAAUAAACUUCAUAGUUUCUUUUUUAUGAGUGAGAAUGCAUUAACCAAUUGCUCAACUCUAGUUGUCCUUCUUCAAGACCAAGGAACUUCUCGUGCAGGUCAGUGGGGACAGAAGAUCAUAAUUCAUGAAGGUCUCCAACAUGGAUCACAGAUACCAUUCAUUGCAAUGGCUCUGCAGUGCUCUUGGGGUGUGAUUGUUUUAAAUCCCAAUGAUAAUUUCAUUGAUCUAAAAAUGGAACCAGAAAGUUUAAACCUCUCAGAGAAAGAAGGUUCUGCUCAUUCUCUGCAGUUACCUUGGGUAGUCCCAAAGCGAGACAGCAGUAGUCCUGAAGAACAUACCAUCUAUGUUUGGGAUCACUUAAUUUCAAAAACCACAGCUAGAAAUGUUGCUUUCAUUGCCCAUGGGUAUGGAGGACUGGUUUUCAUCAACUUGCUUAUGCAGAGAUCUUUGGAGGUGAUGAACAAAGUAUAUGCUGUUGCACUUAUUGACUCCAAACACCACACAAUGCACCAGACACAAGGCAAUUCACAGGUACAGGCAUGGAUAUGGAAACACUGUCGAGAGUGGGUAUCAAAUAGUAAGCCUUUGAAUAAGACUGUAGGCUGCCUUAUGAAAGUAGAUUGCCCUAUUGUCUCUGCAGGGACUGAAAAAUAUAGUCUGGCACCUUCCUUUAGUCUAGAAUCCAUUUUCAAGUAUCUUAAGAAUGGGCUGAAAGCUGGCAAUAGAAAACGUUUUGUUCGUUCACCUAUUGCAACAAGGAGCAAAAAAGUAAUGAAAACUUAAGUAUGUUGAUUUAUGCCUCUUUUUCUUCUGCUGUAAAAGAUGUAUACUGCCUUAGACUGCUCAGCUCAUUUAUGACAUAAUUUAUUUAGGUAUGGCUACAAUUAGGUUAUGAAAGGUUUAAUUCCUGAUUACUUAUGUCUUAUUUCAAUUGAGUUUAUUUUGAAGUUUAGUAUACCUUUGCUCUUAAAAAACAGUGGACAGCCUCCUGUUUUUUCCUUUAAAAACUAUAUUAAAAUGUCAUCCUUAAAAAAACCCGUUAUGUAAAUUGUAAUUAUGAAUAAAUAAAUCAGUAUAUAGCAGAAGCAGGUAUAAAGCACCGGGUCUGAAGAGUUUGUCAACUGCACGAUUUGCAUUCCUUGUGUUUUUGAACUUUGGUUGUUCAUUUGCUUGGAAUUAGUCUCAUUUUAUUUUAUUUUAUUUUAAAAACCUACUGUGAUCUUAAGAUUUCUUUAAUAGGAUAUACAACCAGUAGAAUGAUUUAUGUAUCUGUACAGAUAAAUAGCCCAAAGCAUUUAUUUGGAGCCAGGGCUUGCUCACUGUAUAGCAGUUGUCCUGAUUAAA